AUGGAUGAGAAGGGGAAUCGACCUUAUCAGAUUGGCGAAGACUACAUGCUCUUGAUGGCCAUAGAAGUAGCCGCCGCCGCAGGUCAAGGAAAACCUAUCAGGCUAGGCAAGAUCUGGAAUCUGGAAGAGCCACAGCAUCCCUUUACCGCUGCCUUUGUCUGGGAUCACACUUUCCAGGUCAACGACAACGAUCUAGUGUUCACAUCACUUCAACCCAAAAUUGCGGGGAGCAUGGGACAUGAUGCUCAUGACGUUCACCGCCACGUCUCCAUCAUGGUCACCAUCCAAGAGGCUAACAAUCAGAGUGAAAAGCGGACUGUACACUUGAAAAUUGAGCGUGGUAUCUUUGGGAGUUUGAGAAAGCAGAGAAGCAUGAGCCUUGCGCAUGUGCUCGUCUUCGUUGACGUUGUCGACCUAGACAAUAUUUGGAUGUGCCUUUGGGCCCUGGUUCGUGCACCGAAUGCCGUCGUUCACAUCGUACUUUCGCCACGGGUCCUAGAUCUGCGUGUCCCAUCCUUCGCCGGCCAUUUCGCGAAGCUCCAGGCGAAAGUCGGGUUGAGACAUAUGCUUGAUGUCCGGGACACCGACGCCGAGGGAAUCAACGACCUGCUGGAUGAUGAGCAAUGGCGGGACUACUUCGCCCGUGACACAUCAUUUCAGAGAGACAUGCACACAAAGGCGCACCUGCCACUGUACAUGGCACUUUCAGCACUUCGAUUCGCCUUGAAAUUUGAGUCUAAAGGCCACGCAAAGAACCGGUUCAACUUUUACUAG